CACAAAACAUAAGAGAAGAAGAAAACCACGUGUAUCAAUGCUUCUUCGGCUUCUGCGCAAUUAAAGUUAAAACAUGGCAAAUAAACGUCAAAACGCUGAUUUAAAUUUUCUCAUACCAGAGAAGAAAGCUAAAGAUAGUAACAGCGAGUUUAAUGGGACUGUUUUCAAAUCCAUGCUAAAGGAUCCCAGUAAAGCGUUUAAGGCCUUGGAAACCUUCAUCCAAAUUGCAAAAAAACUUCCAUGUGCAGACAUGUACGAUGUAGUUGAGGGUUACUUAAAAAUCUCAGCAGAAUGUGCAGAAAUAUUCACCUUACUUGAAGGGGGUACCCCUUCUGAGACAGAGCUGAUGCUGAUAUUUCAGAGCUUAGAGUUGAUUUUGUUACGGACAGCAAGUGACCUUUCUCGUUUCAACCUUAUGGGGUCCAGCAUUGUGAAGAAGACUGUCUCGUCACACAUGAAGCUGCUUCAAUCCUCUUUGUAUUCCGGGAAUCGUCAGUUUGUCCGACAGUGCCUUUGUUUCAUGACAGCAAUGGUGUCUCAGGGCACUGAAGCAACAAGUGAAAUAUUGAGCAGUUUGGUCUUCAACAAAAGUAUCUAUGGUCUUGCUCGCAUGAGAGACAGAACUGGUCGACCAGAUGUUCGCAUGUCCUAUAUCCAGUUUGCCCUCUCGUUUCUCAUGUAUGGCGACACUGGAACUAUAGUUCAUGUUCUGGACAACAAAGAUUUUCUGUCAGAAAUCUUAAACACGGGUAUAAAAGAAGACAGAAUGUCAACAAUCAGUCUGAUUCUGUCUACCUUGCAGACUAAGAUUGUGCAAAAUACUGCUAUUAGCAAAACCUGUAAGUUACGUUUCUUUACUGCUUCCACUUUGACUCGGAUUGCUUCUCUGUACAAAUGGAAUGGGCCUGUGGAUAUAGCCACUGAUCAUAUUGUGGCCAUGACUGAACAGGAAAGGGGAAGGCAUUUUGUCCGGGAGUCUGUUCACAGCUUUCUUCUUGAUGUCUGCUGCUCUCACAAACAUGGUAUCAGCUUCCAUGACCUAAGCCUGGGGACAGCCGGAAGAGCUGGAAAUCUAGUCCUGCUGCAGUUUGUGGUGAGCCUUAAGCAGGCCCUUGAGGAUGAAAAAGUUGCUGACCUGCUUGUCAGCAUUUUGAAGUGCAACCCUGAUAUUCUACAUCGUUACUUUAAGGAAUCACAACUCUGCUUCACUCCACGCAUGAAGGGAGCCUGGUUGGACAGUAUUGCAUUGCUCAAGAAAAUCUAUCAGUCUCAGCCUGAGGUUUCUCAGGCAUUCCAAUACCAAGAAGUAGUUCCUGUUCCUCGUUUCCUCAGCAUGGUUCUAGUUACAUCUCUCCCUCCAGUCUGCAACAAGGCCUUUUUUACUCAGGGCCUCAAUUUACGCAGUGUGGUGGGGCAGCAUGCUACACUCACUGUGAUGGCUUUUGUCUUGAGGAGAGCUCAGAAGAACAUAGAGCACUGUGUGGAAAGACCCGUGUUGGAUAAUGUGGAUGGGCACAGUGUCAAUGCCAAGGAAGAGUUUGUCCAGCUUUACAGGGAAGCACUGAGUAAGGUUUUACCAGACAUCAUGACAAUUGUAUCAAUGUGGCAGUCGCUGUCAAAGAAUGAGAGUGAAGAGCUUGAGGUACAGAAGGGUUUGACAAAACUAAAAACAGAGGAGGUUGAAACUCAAGACCAGGAUGAUCAAAGUCACGAGCUGAUCUUGUUUAAGGUUCUGCUACUGCAGGUGAUCAUCUUGUAUCAAAAAGUUCUUCCACACCUUGUUACUGAAACCAAGUUUGACUUCAGCAAAAUGUUAAAAGGCAUUGUAUCGGAGAAAGGAAUGAAAGAGGAUGUCCCUCCCAUCUUGCAGUAUCAAUUACUGCAGCUGGCACUGGAGCUGCCUGCUAACAAGUUUUCUUGGUUCCGCUUUCAGGAUGUACUGGCUCCAGAGUGCGCAGGGCGUGAACGUUCUGUAUUAUAUGUGCUGCUAAAGAUGUUUGUCAACACCAGCAACUCUCAACUGGGGGCCACAACGCGGAUGCUACUCCUUAAGGUUCUGAAAGAAAGUAGUGCAUUUGAGCACAACUGGAAAGAGUUGGAACUUUGGCUCGAUCAACUGCUGCACUUGGAAUCUUCACAGCAAGAGACAGUUGUUCAGUUUUUAGACUUGGUUCUGACGAGGGUGGUGUUGAAUCCUUGCAUUUACAUGGAUAAAGUUGCAGUUAUGAUUCAGGAGGCUGUGCAUCAUCAGGCUAAAAUUAGGGGACAUGAUAUGAACAGUAGUAGUGUUUCCAUAUCUCAUUUUAACGAUGUAGCUGGUAUAACUGAUGUCAAAAUAGAGGCCAGUGAAACGGAUUCCGAAAGCGCUGGACUGGCUCUUACUGAUGACAUCAUCUUUCAGAUAUACCCUUUUAGUGCUGCUGUGCCUGCUGUGCUAGAGGCACGGAACAAAGAACAGGCUGCCUUUAUACCUCAAAAAAGUGUUCUGUGUGAGUACAUAUGUGCAGUACUGUGUGAUAUCCUGCACUCACAGAGGGAUCCACUAGCUCUGUGUUUGACUCUGCAAAACUACGAUACAGAGCUUCUCUCUCCUCAGAAAUGUACCUCACAUCAUUCCUCUAUUUCUGACUUCCACAAGUAUUACUUUAAAUGGCUCUCUCAUCUACUUCCAGAAACACCGUUUACCCUGGUGCAGUCCGCUUCUCCUGUGUCUGUUUUAGAUUUUUCUUCCUACUUAAAGGCAUGCUACUGCGAAGGACCUGGAACUUUUCUUCAGGACUCAUUCUGGAAAGAUCUAGAGCAGUUUUUGUCCACCUUAAAAUUACCAAAGUUUAUUGGGGCUUUCAAUCAAACGCUGAUGUAUCUACAGUAUUUUGUAGAGACAUUCUGCUUGGCCCCUGAAGACCAGGCAGUCGAGGUUGUGGACUGUAUGCUUAUGGUGCUACAUGCUUUGUUUCUCAAACUAUUCAGCAUUCCUGAAACCCCACCUACCUCGUCAGAAACACAGGAGGAGGAAUCUUUUUAUUCUGAUGUGAACGUCACAGCUAUUCAAGAAGUCAGCAAAGAGCAGGUUUUACUUGCUGUGUUCAGAUUGGUGUUCAAUCACCCAGUUUUGCAGCAGUGGUUCUUUUCAUUAGAGAUGGGAGUGAUUCCAUCUCCCUCCCUGGACAUAAACAGGGUGCAACAGCUCUGUGGUCAACUGACUCAGGGUGUGCUCAACUUGCUGACGCUCUGUGUUGAGACUCUUAGAGAUUUUCAUGCCCUGGAGGUCAUCAGCCCUUACUUGUCAGCCAUACAGCAAGCCUUGCUCAAUGAGCUACAACUGAGCAGAAGGUCUUUGGUGAAACAGUCUCAGACUGUUGAAGCCUUUCUGGCAUUGUUUGAGUGCAUGGAUCCGUCCAGUGUGAGUGAGGUGCUUUCAGCCCUGCUGCUGCUGCCUCAGAGAAGACUGUUGACUGGCGGUAACAGGAUGAGUCUGUAUGGUCAUGCUGUCUUGACAAUACUCACCAAGAGCAUAUCUCAUGACCUCUCUGGAAACACCUUGCCCUGUCUGUCUCAGGUGCACUUGCGCAGUCUCGCAGCUCUAUACAGCUCCUGCUACAGUGUUGAAAUGGAAGAUUUUUUUCUACAGAUGCUGCGCAGAGAGCCUGGCUGUGCUAAACUGAUCCCCACUGAUAUCGUUCUCCGCUGCCUUCAGUGCCAUUCUUCUUUAGAACUUGCAGCCCUACUGGUGCAGAACUGUUCCACUCACUGUCUAACCUUCGAGCUUUGGUGCCUAGAACAGACUGACAUUACGCACAUCACAACUCAAAACACCAGCUUCCUUUCUUUACUAAGCAGCUACCUUCAGCGGGUUACCAAUGAAGACCCAUGCAGACCAAAAGACAUUGAAAAGGCAGUCCUGCAGCUGCUGACUAAAGCUUUGCUGGAUGAGUUGUCAAGCUCAGUGAUGCAGGUAGAUACUGAUGUGCCCUUGGAACUGUGUGUGGAGCUGCUUUCUGGACUUAUCCCACUGGGGGCUAUGGCUUCAGAUCUCAGUAGAUUGAUGCGUGAUUUACCAGCCCUCCUCGAGAAACCAGAAAUGACUGACCAAAGAUGGCGAUUGGCAGACUUGAUCACUGAGAAGUUAACAGGCACACCAGAAGAAUUGCAGUGGAGGAAAACUUUGCUCACUUCUGCCUUCAGCUGGUUGUCAGCAACUUAUAAGAAACAUACGAAGCCACUUGUCCAGACUGAGGAGACCAUGUUGCAGAGGGUGAAGACAUUGCUGAGUUCCACAGAGAAUAUUACAGAUUUGGACUGGAACAUCUUUGUGAAGUCGGGUUUAAAAUAUCGCUACAAAGAUAAAAUGUUCCUGUGCACCCUCAACUCUUUGUUGGAGCCAGUGUACAAAACUGUGCUGACAACUCAAGGAUUGUUGCCCAUGGAAACCCUCCACAUUAUGGUCACUAGUCAUUCUCUCUUCUUGCCCACAAUGCUGGCACCCCAGAAUGACCCAGACAGUAGUCUUUACUCUAAGGAGGCACUAGUAACCCUCCUGCUCACCAUUGUAAAAAAAUGUCCUGAGGUCUGCAAAAGCAAUCAUUUUCAUGUUCUGCUUGGUGCAUAUGGUGCUACAUUGAGCAACGCAGAUCAGAAAAUGUUAUUGCUUCUUAAAGAAUAUGAGAAGAAUAACUCGAGUUUGAUGGAAUUCCAGUACUUGCUAUGGGGUCAUGCUGCAGUGGAGUACCACAAAGCACGGAAGAGUCUCGGUCCAUCGCUGUGGCAACAGCUCAGCUCUGAGAUGCUUUUGGACCAACUGGAUGCGGACAGGAUGUUAAAAACUGUAGCACACUUUCCACUAUACCGGCAUCUUAUCCCACAGGUGAAUGAAGAGUUUACCUACACAGAAGAAAAAGAUGGAUUUCCAGAUCAGAUGUGUCUUUAUGAUCCUUCCUUCCUUAUUCCCUUGUUCAGCUACAUUGUCCGGCCAGAGUCUGUGUUGGAUUGCCGAAAGUUUGUAUGCAGUCACGCACUGGGCCUUACAAUAGUGGCUCUAAGCAGCUAUGAUUACAAAAUGAGAGCUGCAGCUUAUCACGUCCUGGGUUCCUUCUACCAGCAUGUGGAAUCUGUUCAUUUCAAAGAGAAAAAACAGCUGCUAUAUUUGUUGGAUACACUCAGAAAUGCGAUUCAGAAGCCGAAUCUCAGAGUCUCUUUUAUGCAUGCUACCUAUGUUGCAAAAGUGGCUGAGCAAAUUCUGAGACCUGAGGAGCACAUGUACUUGGUGAUCAGUAAGUUUCUUUUGGGAACCCAGUAUGUGGAUCUCAAAAGGGUUCCAGACUUCUUCAGACUUUUCUAUAGCUUUGAUUUAGAGCAUAAACUGGAGAGGGAGUGGCUGUUAAAAGUGCUGGAAGAAGGUAUGAAAGACAGGCUCUGCUAUGAGCUGUGUGAACAGCAGAGCAUCUUUCAUACACUCCUGGGUUUCUGUAGCAGUCCACUCUGUGACCAGCCUGUCCAGAUUCAGAUUAUAAAUGUACUCCGGGAGACUGCUUAUUUCACCAAAGCAUCACGUGACUUUAGCAAGGCUCAUGGAAUCCUAACAUGGAUAUUACAACUUAUAGAAAGAAAGAAUGUUGACCGACGGAUUUUUGCAGUUGUAAUAGGCCUGCUCCAUACUUUGUGGUUCUCUAACCUUGGCAAGACAGACAGUAGGGUGUGGUGGAGUGGGAAAGCAGACAUGCAAAUAAACACUUCAGACAAACACCUCCCUUUUUCACUUACCAAUGACUUCCUGUGUACCCUGCUCUCAGUCAUCAGAUAUCUCCGGACUGGAGUGGAACCAUUAGACAUGGAAAGUUUCCUGCAAACGCUGGAUUCUGUGUUAAAGCAUCAUGCCACUGCAUUAAAUGCGAGCACUGAUGCAAAUUGGGUACAUCCCCAGACACUGUCCUGCUCAGCUGCUCUUGCCCUGCUUUACUGCUGGGGAACACUGGCAUGUGAUACAACACUGCUCUGUCGCCUUCAAGAUGUUUUCAAAACGCACAGCCUUAAAGUACUGUAUGGAGCAUGGCAGGAAGAUGUGCAAGGAACAAGCCAUUGCAAGCAUGAACAUACUGAGAAAUAUGUGCAGUCUUUGAUGAAAUGCAAACCUCUUCUCCUGAGUGUUUUUACACACUGGAAACCAUGGGCUAGCCUCUCUAACCAGUCUAACCAAACCCUUAUCCCAGCAACUGUAUCGCCACCCACCUCUCAUCCUUAUCCUGAUAAAAGUGUUGUGACUUCAACUGCCAACACACUCAUCAAAUGGACACUGAGGACCUUAUCUGAAAUGCCUUUUGAUGAAUGUCGUACAUUUGCAACCUUGAAAUGGUUGGAAAACGUUUUAUUGCCCAGUGAAGCCAUUGCAAAGUCUUUCAUAACUGAUGAAGCUAUGAGAGCUGACCUUUUAAGACUGUACCACCAGACAUGCGAGUUCAAAGUGCCAGAACGAAACACUUCCAAACUGGACACACUUCAGGUUUUUACUACAGUUAUGGUGCACUUGUUAGAGGUUGAAAAAACUCUUCACCCAAAUGUGAUUAAAGCAUGCUUGCACUCAACUACUGAUGAUCUAGUUAAAAAAGAAGCAGGACUGAAGCUAUUGUCCUUGUACCUUCCUGAGAUCUGGAGUGGAAGCAAAAGACCUCAGUUACUCCUGACACAUGCUCAGCUGAUAACUAGAAGGAGAAAAAACUCCCAGAAGCAAUCCAGAACAGCCAUCAUGCGAAUAUGUAAAGACAUUCUGUCUGCUGUUGACUAAUCUUAGCUAGUUUGAAAUUAUAAAUAUUUUGCAACACCUUGAAUUUAUAAAAGAUUUCAUUAAGAACUGUUUCGAAAGAUUCCAAGUUUAAUUUUUAGGGAUAUUCUUAUAAUUCAUUGGAUGCAUAACUAUACAAGUAAUUUCAGAGAUGAAGUCAUUUUGAAAGAGAAGAAAAUUUUUGUUAAUAUCUAUGUGGCCAGAUAUGUAAUGUUUAACCCAGGCUUAGUUUUGUUUUAUUUGUUUGUAUAAACAAAAUUUAUUUAGUAUUAACCUAAAAUGGGAUGAACAAAUUUAGAAUAAAUAAAACAUUUGAAAGCCAAAAUAUUUGAAACAAUUCCCUUGUUUUCUAGACAUGUUUAAGUUUGGGGGGUAGGGAUAGUUGAUCAAUUUUAUUUUUUUUUUAAUCAAAAUCCUUAAUCAGUUAAUUGCAUUUUUAAAAUUAACCAAUGAUUUGUGAGCCUAAAAUGUUGUUUUGCAUAAUUUUCCCAUAGCUCACAUCUGUUAACUACAAUGUAGUUCCACUGUAUACUACAAGACUGUAUACAGUGGAACCUUGGAUUACGAGCAUAAUUUGUUCUGGGCGGGCUUGUAUUUCAAAAAUCAAAGUGAAGUUUCCCAUAAGUAAUAAUGGAAACUUAAAUUAUUCGUCCACAGCCAAGACUUGUUUGUUUUUUCAAUUUUAUAUAUAAAAUAUAUUUACUUUCCCUCAUAUAAAUUGAUUCUGUAUGUGGUGGUAGCUGCCGGGGUGGCAGGUGCCAGUGUGUGUAACAUACUGUAGAGUGCAUGUGCACAUGCAGGGCAAGGAGGGACUGACAACUAAAUAAAAUUAACAACUAAAUAUAAUUUUACCCAUUUUAUAUUGUAAAAAAAAAAAUCAAUUAAACAUGUUCAUUGUAUAUGUUGGGGUAACCACAAAACUAUUGCAUACAU